CCACGCCUCUUCUCCUUCUGCAUUCGCUUUAGCAGGAUCAAACCCUAAAUUCGCAAAUCCAGUAACCAUUCUCGAUCGAUUCGUCGAGUGCUGCAGAGACGCUUUGAUUUACGGAAUCGGCCUGGUCUCGAGACGAAGCUAUGAAAAAGUCGGACAAACCUCCUUCGUCACGGCAGGUUGUCGUGCGAUCUGUGUGGUCUGGGAAUUUGGAGUCCGAAUUCUGUCUGAUCCGAUCUGUGAUAGACUCGUUUCCUAUUAUAUCUAUGGAUACGGAGUUUCCUGGCGUGGUUGUUCGGCCGUCUACAGACGAACCGAAUUUCCGGCAAAGGGACACGACGGUGCACUACUCUAGCCUUAAAGCUAAUGUGGAUAUGCUGAAUCUGAUUCAAAUUGGUUUGACUUUGUCUGACGAUGACGGGAACUUGCCGGAUCUCGGGACGGAUCAAGUGUAUAUUUGGGAAUUCAACUUUAGGGAUUUCGAUGUGGCUCGUGACAACUAUGCUCCGGACUCCGUCGAGCUCCUCCGUCGGCAAGGUAUCGACUUUGAGAGAAAUCGGGAGUGCGGGAUCGACUCGUAUCAGUUCGCGGGGCUUAUGAUGUCAUCGGGGCUGGUUUUAAAUGAUGAUGUCACGUGGGUGACGUUCCACAGUGCGUAUGACUUUGGGUACAUCGUGAAAUGCCUGACGCGGCGUCUGUUGCCUGAGAAAUUGAGUGAGUUUCUGAGACUGGUGCGGGUGUUUUUCGGGGACCAAGUGUAUGAUGUCAAGCAUAUGAUGAGGUUUUGCGAGAGCUUGUACGGAGGGCUGGACCGCGUUUGUAAGUCCCUGGAUGUGGAGCGCAUGACAGGGAAGAGUCAUCAGGCUGGGUCUGACAGUUUGUUGACCCUGCAUGCUUGGCAGAAGAUUAGGGAAGUCCAUUUUGGCGAAAACAACGCGCAUGAGAAGUACGCCAAUGUUUUGUAUGGUUUGGAGGUUUUCAGUUGACUAUGAUCGUCUAAUUUGCUUUGAUGUUUGAAAGCUUAUUUAAUCUGUAGAUUUUAGGGCUAAUUCUGUAUACAUUUGGGGUUAUCAAUCAAUAUUAAAAGUAGUCCGGUUCAAUUAUUUUCCAUGUAUUGUGUUUGUUGAAGUUAUGUUUCAUGAUUUUUGUUGCAUUUGGACACUCAGUUAAUCAAAUAAUAACAACUUAACAAAUGACUGAUAAUGUUUCCAGAGGCCUUUUUGAAAGUAUGGAACAUGCAAAGCUGAGAGCUACAUCAGGAAGCAAGGGAUGGAAAUCUGUCUUGUAGGGAUCUGCUUGGUUUAGGAAAGGGGUGGGGCAUUGCUUGUUUGUCAUUAAAGUGGAAGAAAAGAGAAAUUGAGGGCACAGCUUGAGUUUUUGUUUCUGUAGCGGUAUGAUUUUCUCCUGCUGUUAGGAGCUUACUGACUGCCUUACUGUCCUACAAAAUAUUGUCCUGGAAGGCACUGGAUCUAAUCUGUGUGCAGAUUUUUAGCAAAGUAGAAAGCUAAAUUUGUACCAUGGUGGAAAUGAGUGAAGGGGAUAGAAAACUAUAAGGGAUUAAAAUGAGUUGCUCAGA